UCUCCGCCCCCAUUAUACUUCCCAUCAUCAGCCAUGGAGUCCAGCGAGUUGUACCAUGUUAAACAGCAGUUUUUCUUGGGCGCAUACAAAACGCUCAUCGACUUGACCUUGCCGGACCCAAAUUCCCCGGACUAUGUCCUCACCCUCCUCUACCAAGCUCGCGCGCACAUCGCGUCUGAUGAUCCCAACUCCGCAUUGGCGCUUAUCCCUGAAGACAACGAGAAUGUCGCGGUGAAGGCAGUCGGCGCGCUCGCGAAGUACGUGGCAGCUACCACGGACGAAGACAAGGACGCCGCGCUCGAGUCGCUACGCGACUUGCUGGUUGAGAUCGAGGGGGAUGACGCAGAGGGGAGCGAGAAGGACAAGGCGCUUGUACGCGUGCUCGCCGGUACCGCCUUCGCGCGCGCAGGCGAGAUCGAGGAGGCACUCGACGCGCUGGGUUCGCAAACGGAGGAUCUCGAAGCCGUCGCCGUCCUCGUCCACAUCUACCUCUCCAUCAACCGCCCCGACCUCGCCAAACGCGAAUUCGAGCGCGCCAAGCACUGGGCCGAGGACGAUCUCCUCCUGCAGCUUAUUGAGUGCAACAUCGGGCUCGUCACCGGCAAGGACGCGUACGCGAACCCGCAGUCCUUCUACACUGAGCAGCUCGGGAACCCCUCACUCUCCUCCCCGCACAUCCUCACCGCGCGCGGCGUCGCGCGCAUCCUGCGCAACGAGUUCCAGGCGGCGCGCUCGGAUAUUGAAGAGGCGAUGCAGCAGAAUGCUGGGGAUGCAGAGGCGUUGGCGGCGUAUACCGUGGCAGCGAGCCUGGCGCCGCAGCAGAAGGGCGAGGCUGACGAGCUGUUCGCACGACUACAAGCCGAGCACCCCAACCACCCUCUUGUUGCCGACCUCGCUGCCAAGUCGUCCAUCUUCGACGAAUUUGCGGCAAAGUUCGAUGUCCCUCCUGUCGCAGCAGCUGCGUAGUCUCUCCGACCUCACACUGCAGCUUUUGUAUCUCCGAUGUCUUCGCCUUUGUUCUGGAAAAUGACACUUGUGCUGUUCUGGGGAAU